CAUAUGGCUUUUUUGACUCUGGGCAAAUAAUUGAAACCUUUCAGAGCUCUAAGUGAUUCAAAAACUAUGAUUUGUUUUGUAGGUGCUGAUUUAGAUUGGUAAAGGGAAUUUUCUCAAUGGGGAGUUCUCUGCCUUUGUGAAAUGAUACAUCUAAUCCCUGUCCCUAUCCCUAUGUAUCUAUUUGUUUGUCUCCAUAUACAUCCAAGUAUGUUUGUACAUGUGCGUGUUAUCUAUCAGGUUGUUUCUGGGUGUGACUAUCUUGCUUUUCCUUCUAUUAGUCUAUAUUUCUAUGUGUGGUUUUUAUUUUUUUUAAUUUCUCUAUAUAUGUGUACCAUUUAUGUCUUUUUUGUAUAUGUACUUUGGGGCCAAAGGAACAGGGAGGGAGAGCCUCCUACUUUAUGGGCCCACUACCUCUCUGGGUGGCUUAGAGGGGUGAAAAUCUAGGAACUGAAAGCCCCUGCCCCCCUAAUGACUUUGCCCCUCUCCCCCCCAAUCUGGCCCUCUAACCCCCACCCUCCACUUGCACUCUUGUUCUAUUAUUUCUCUGCUCCUGUCCCUCUUGGCCACAUCCCCAACAUUCUCCCCUUUAGUGCCCCAGGCCCACUGUCCUUCCCCUCCCUCCCCACUACUCCUUACAGGUGGCCAGCAUGGAGCUGUGGCCAGGGCCAUGGACAAUGCUGCUGCUCUUUCUGCUGCUGCUUUUGCUGCUGGUGCCUGUGCUCUGGGGUUACAGCAGCAGCGCCAAGUACUUCUGCAAGAUGGCAUUCUACAACGGCUGGAUCCUUUUCCUGGCAGUGCUGGCCAUCCCUGUGUGUGCUCUUCGAGGGCGAAACGUGGAAAACAUGAAGAUCCUUCGACUCAUGCUGCUGCAUAUCAAGUACUUAUAUGGAAUCCGGCUGGAGGUUCGAGGGGCCCAUAACUUCCCUCCCUCCCAGCCCUAUGUUGUUGUCUCCAACCACCAGAGCUCUCUCGAUCUACUAGGAAUGAUGGAGGUACUCCCAGGUCGUUGUGUACCCAUUGCCAAGCGGGAACUGCUGUGGGCAGGGCCAGCAGGGAUAGCAUGCUGGCUGGCUGGAGUCAUCUUCAUUGACCGGAAGCGGACUGGAGAUGCAAUCAGUGUCAUGGCUGAAGCUGCACAAACACUGCUUAGCCAGAAUGUCCGAGUUUGGGUUUUCCCUGAGGGUACCAGGAACCACAAUGGCUCUAUGCUUCCCUUCAAACGUGGCGCCUUCCACCUUGCUGUUCAGGCCCAGGUCCCCAUUAUUCCCAUCGUCAUGUCCUCCUAUCAAGAUUUCUACUGCAAGAAAGAACGGCGCUUCAACUCGGGGACAUGUCAGGUACGGGUGCUGCCCCCAGUGGCCACAGAAGGGCUGACCCCAGACAAUGUGCCGGACCUGGCUGACAGAAUCCGCCACUCCAUGCUCACAGUUUUCCGAGAGAUCUCCACUGACGGCCGGGGAGGGGGUGACUAUCUGAAGAAGCCUAGUGGGGCUGGUGAGGCUGGCCCCUGAGCCUUCCUCCUACCGCCCCGUCACAAUCCCUCUCUCCCCCAGCCCAGUGGCCCUGGACCUUCCUCCUCUCCCCCUUCACUUCCCCUCUCUCAUUUCUACUUUGUGGUACAGCCAAGCCUCUCCUCACCCCACUAAUUCUCUACUCUGAAUCUUCAGCUUCUGAAGUGGACAUGGACAAAGCGCUUUUCCUCCACCCCUUUCCUUCCUUCUUUCCCAAGCCUCCUACUCUGUGGACUUUCCCAUCUUGGUGCAGCCUUCACUCCCCCUUCUUGUCUGUGGAACGUUUCGCUCCCCUCUCUGUCUCCUGAGUGGUAUGUUCCACUAGGCGUAGACCACUCCCACCCCAUAGUGGACACUAAGUGGGCGCUUUCUCUGUGGCUCUCUUCCCCACUCUUGAUUUGUGGAUUCAUCCACCUCAAUGGAAGCGCUCUGUUUUCUCUCCCCUGCCCCCACCCCGUGACUCUGUGGAUGCGAAUGGACUCAUCCAACUGGAGGGGGGGGUGGGGAGGACCCACCUUGUGAAUGGAAGUGGACCCUUCCAGCCAGCUCCUCUUUGGAACACUCCUCUCCAAUCUGGCUGUCCUGCCCAGCCUCUCUCCUCCCCACCCACCCUAGUGAAUCUAUGUGGAGUCCUCUUUUCCAGAGACUUGGACCUUUCCCUUUCCCUUUCCCUUUCCUUGGUACAGUCCGUUUUACCAACUCUCAUCCUUAUUCAUCCUGGCCCAGUUUUCCCUGUGACACACUGACACACACAAACUGGUCUCCACAGAAUUCCUUCUUCUCCCCCCCCCUCCCCUUUCUCCCCUCCGGCAGCGGGUGGUACACUCCAGCGGUAGUCCACUCUUCUAUUCCCCUGGAGUAGCUGGGGGGGGACCAGCCCAACCCAGCCGGUCCCUAGGCCUCAGGCUGUACCAUUUGGCCCAGACGGCAGGGAAGGGUGGAGUUACAAGGUGCUGCAUUCACUUCUUACUCCCUGAGGUGGGGUAGGAAAAGCUGAGACCUGGUUAGAGGGAGCUGGAGUAGGUUUAAUUUAUUUUUCUUUCCUUUUGCUGCUGAGGAGCUGCCCUGCCCCCACCUCCUUGCUUCCAGAUUAGCAGCCAAACCCUCUCAGUGUUAAAAGUCCAAAGGGAGGGAGAGGAUCACCCCCAGGGCCUUGGGGGAUCGGGAGUCUGUUUACAAAAAGGGGUAAGGGGAGAGACCCAGCCAAACCCAGGCCUCCUUUCCCCGGUCUCCAACCUAGAAGAGGAUCCCAGCCUUAAGUAGCACAUCCCCAUUGGAGUGGGGGGAGGGGUCAAGAGAACCCCAUUCUUCCUGCUGACACCCUUCCCCAAUCUGAGGAGCAUUAAUAAGAUGGGGCAUUGGGGGAAAGAAGGACAUUCGUUGCUCCAGUUCUCCCACUCCCCCCUCCGCCCCCCCCCAGCCCAGGCCAGUGUAAUCCGGGGAGGUGAGGGGACUCCCCGGGAUUUCCUUUCUCCCAACCAGUUCUGCUUUUCCUCCCAAGGCAUUAGCUGGGCCUCCGUAUUCCAGCCCUCUACUCCCCUCUCUCGGGUACCAGGACUGUCUUUUCCUCCUCACCUCCACCUGGAGAGGUC